AUGCCUUUCCUCCAUCAUUUCUUCCCCCCUUCCCCCUCCUUUGUGGAAAAGCACAUCCCAGAUCUCGCUGGGAAGGUUGCCAUUGUUACCGGUGCUACUUCGGGCGUUGGGCUUGAGGCUGCUGCUGUUUUGUACUCGAAAAAUGCAACGGUAUAUGUAGCUGCGCGCUCGGCCGACAAGGCCGACAAGGCCAUUGCGUCAAUCAGAAGCUCCGAAGAGUGCGCAGGAAGCAGCGGCCGCCUGGAAUUUCUCUCGCUUGAUUUGUCAGAUUUGACUACUAUCAAAGCUAGCGCCGACAAGUUCCUGCAAAGCGAGGGCCGAUUAGAUAUCUUGAUUCACAAUGCCGGUGUGAUGCGGCCACCGGCAGGGAGCAAGACGAAGCAGGGAUAUGAUCUUGAAAUGGGUACCAACUGCCUCGGUCCAUUCACGUUCAAUGCCCUACUUCUUCCGCUCCUCAAACGUACAGCAGCAGGCGCUACUCCAGGCAGCAUACGUGUCGUAUGGGUCAGCUCUAUUAUCGAAUUUAGCACGGCACAGAACGGUAUUGUGUUCGAUGAGCAGACUGGCGCACCCAAGGUCCUUCCAGAUCCGAUGGAAAAUUACAUGGCGAGCAAAGUUGGCGGCGUCUUCUUUGCGGGUGAAAUGGCGAAGCGCAUAGGAAGCGAUGGAAUAUUUAGCCUGAGCGUCCACCCUGGGCUCAUGAAAACCGAGCUUCAAAGACAUCAGCCUGCGCUGUUUGGCAUCAUCAUGGGCCUUGUCUUCAAGCCUGCGCGAUAUGGCGCAUACACUGAGCUCUUCGCAGCGCUCUCGCCCCAGGUAACAGCUAAGCAGAAUGGAUCAUAUAUCCUUCCCUGGGGCCGCUUUGGCACUAUUCCUGGUCAUAUUGAGAAAGGCAUGAGAUCCACGAGCGAGGGCGGAACCGGCCUGGCAGAGAGAUUCUGGGCUUGGUGCGAGCAAGAGACGGCCGCGUACCGAUGA